GCGAGUCGGUUGUGCAAUUCGGGCUAAACAAUCCAAACAGCGCUAUAUAGUUAAUUAUUCUGGAUUUGAUUUUGUGAUCCGAGUGUUAGUUGCUACACGGGCAGGAUGGCCGGACCGUUUCUAUCGCCGCUGCCCGGCGAUCUGCUGACGGAGUACAUGUUCGGGAGGAGACGCCAACGCAGGAAUAGAACCACCUUCACACCGCAGCAGCUCCAGGAAUUGGAGGCUCUGUUCCAGAAGACGCACUAUCCGGAUGUGUUUCUUCGAGAGGAGGUGGCGUUACGAAUAAGUCUCAGUGAGGCGCGAGUGCAGGUGUGGUUUCAAAACCGCCGAGCCAAGUGGAGAAAACAGGCAAGACUUCAACUCCUGCAAGACGCUUGGAGGAUGCGUUGCUUAGGAAUCAGCUCGCCACAGCUUGUUGUUGAUCCCCAAAACCCUGCCGCAGCUAACAACAAUAAUCCACCAAAUAAAAAACCUGACGAAUCCGGGUCCCCUCCCAAAGAACCGGAGUUCACGCUCAUGCAUCCAGCUUUCCAAGGCUCGAAUGGAAUCCCCGGCAACUCAUCCGACGCAGCCAAACGCACCGAUCAACCAAGUCACCCCGCCCUUUACCCGAACAACGGCGCAACUGCUCAGAUGGGCCUCCCAUCGUGUCCCACAAACCGGGACGAUCGCCAGUUGUAUCCCUUAGCUCACGCUGCGUCCCGCAUUACUAACCACCCGGAGGAUUCCAACAGCAGCGACCUUUCGGACGGAUCGGAGGAAAUUGAUCUCACCACCAAUGGCGGCUGCAUCGACUACUCCAGCAGUGGGGCAAACCGAAAUUAAUCUUCCGUUUAGGAAUUUUCAUUUUUACAAUGUACAUAAGUUCAAUCCUACGCUAGCGGCCAAAGCAUUCUCGUGUGUAAAACUUCAGUCAUAGUCAUUAGUCUUGGGGUCAUUCUCCGGUUGAAAGC